CAGCAGCAAGUAGCCAUGAGUGGCCUGUUCACGCAGGCCCCUCCCCAUGGCCUGCAGGAUCUCGGAGCCAGCCACAGAGCUCACCAGAUGCUCGGCAGGUCAGAUGGGGCCUCCCCGCGGAGGUUGGCUGGGGACCUCCCAGGACGGUGCACAGCUAACAAUGCUUGUGAAGUGCUGAUAGUCCGUGUAAAUCACACGACGGACCAGCAGGCAGAAGCGCGGUCCUUCCUCAGCGAGGAAAUGAUUGCGGAGUUCAAGGCCGCCUUCGACAUGUUCGACGCGGACGGCGGCGGGGACAUCAGCACCAAGGAGCUGGGCACCGUCAUGCGCAUGCUGGGGCAGACUCCCACCAAGGAGGAGCUGGAUGCCAUCAUUGAGGAGGUGGAUGAAGAUGGCAGUGGCACCAUUGACUUCGAAGAGUUCCUGGUCAUGAUGGUGCGGCAGAUGAAGGAGGAUGCCAAGGGCAAGUCGGAGGAGGAGCUGGCAGAGUGCUUCCGCGUCUUCGACAAGAACGCAGAUGGGUACCUCGAUGCCGAGGAGCUGACCGAGAUUUUCCGAGCCUCUGGGGAGAGCGUGACUGAGGAGGAGAUUGAGGAGCUCAUGAAAGACGGGGACAAAAACAAUGAUGGACGCAUCGACUUUGAUGAGUUCCUGAAGAUGAUGGAAGGUGUGCAGUAAAGGACCGAUGUUCCUGCAAGCCAGGCCCUGCUCCAUGGCCGCACAGCCAAGCCAAGCCCACUUUGGGAGCAGCCUCCAGCCAGAGCACCUGGUCUCCCCUGCCCUGUGAAGCGCUCACUUUGUACUGUUCCACUGCUCCCUGAGACUGGCUCCCUUGUGGCCGUGCCCCAGGGCUGGUGGGCUGUGGACUCACCUCUCACAUGGCUGGAAAGAGCCUUUCCCCCAUCUGUAAACGCUGUGUAUAGUACUGAAGCCUCAUUAAAAGGGUCAAAGGUUUGAACCUG